AAAAUAUUAUUUUAAGAAAAUAGCUAUAAAAAUAGAUUCACGUUAGAAGCGAAAUUGCGGUACGUCACUCAUGACAACACAGCAACAAUAUGGCGGCUAUGGUAAGGUUGCUGAACGAAACUGAUGCCAUAGUCGAAACCUCAUAUGAGAGAAAGAAUAAAGCUGAGAUAGAGAGACUACAAGAGUUUGCAGCAGCAGUUAGAGUGCAAGCAUGGUUCAGAGGAGCAAGGGUCAGAGUUUAUAUGAGACAUUUAAACAAAUGUGCUACUGAGGUACAGAGAAGAUGGAGGGGUUUUCUUGGCAGACAGUUCUUCAGGUUGUAUGUGAAAAACUGUGUACUUGUUAUGAAGCUGAAUUUCUACAAUUCUCAAGUGACCAAGAUUCAGAAGAUGUGGCGAGGUUACUAUGUAAGGAAGUACGUGUUCAACUAUUACAGUAGGAAGAGAUAUCUUGAGGCCCUUGUCAUUAAAAACGACAUCAUCAGAAAUGAGCUGGAGGAAUACUCGGAGCAGCAGGAGCAGAACAGGCGGCGACAGAAUGAAGCUAAGGAGAAGGUAACUCAGGAGAGACUAGCAAGGAAAUACCACUAUCUUAUCAGUACACAUGUGAUACCUGGAGUGUUUAACUCACCAUAUCAGCCCUACCCCAGUGAGAUGGAGUAUGCCCUUGCCAGUGUUAAACCUCUGAUUCACAAGAGAAAGCCAAGUUCAGAUAAUCCCUAUGACCCUGCAUGGAAGAGUUAUGGGCAUGAGCUUCCCAAACCACAACAGCUGCCUCCUCUACAAAACAAACCACAGGGUCCAUUCCGUGAACCAGAUACUGUUCAGAAACAGAGAUACAAAGGGUUCCAGCCAACUUUGCGUGUAGCCACAUCUUUCACAGCCCUGGAGGAUGCCAGAGAGAAAAUGAAAGCAGAGGAAUGGGUGACCAGGAUCAAUGAUGAUAUUUUUGUACCAUUUUCACGACGUGACUACAAGUAUGACCCUCUUCUACAUACAAAUUCCAACUACGGACAUCCUCCAUAUGGAACAAAAUAUUUCAGAGAGGAAUAUUUGGAUCAGCAUAUCACACAUUUGGUGACACCCUUUGAAACAUACUAUAUGCCUUUCAAGACCGUAGUGCCUCCUAUCCCAGUUUUUGAAAAACUCAACGACACCUACUCCCAGGGACAAGUCUGAAGUCUGUCUUAAAUGAUACAUUGAUUAUACCAAGAGAAUCAAAAACAAAAAUAAAAAAAAGCAAUAUCAGUACUCUCUGAAUUUUCUCUGAACAAAACUUAGCGUAACAUAAAUAUUUGUGCAUCACCUAAAAUAUCUUGCCCGACUUCAUUCAUGUUUUGAACAGUAAUGUUUUAAGAUCAGUGGAUUAUUGGGAAGUUGGGUCCAUGUGGCAGGUUCUCAUGUGUAGGUGACUGAUUGUAAGUUAUGGGGAUAGCCUCAGUUGACUCUUAUUCUAUAUCAUAAAUAUGACAGUGUCAUUUUGUUUUUAUAUUUUCUUAACAUUAUUGUUGGUGCCAAUAAGCCAGUUUCUAAUUCCGAUUUAGCAACCAGCUUUAUGUGGUUUUGGCAUGGUUGCUGAAUAGCUUGUUUUAUUGGUCUUUUAAAUUUAUCAAAUGAUCUGUACAUGUAUAUUAUUUUUGGGUGUAAGCACUGUUUUUGUACAAAUGUAUGUUUUAUGUCAUUCAAAUAUAUAUUAUAUAGAUCAUGGUGAGAAAAAAUUGAAAAAUACUGUCUGUUAAAUUGUACAUUGUAAAUUGUAUUCUAAAUAUUAAGAGAAAAAAAGUAGUAAAGUAACAGUGAUAAAAAUCCUUUACCACACUGACAAUGAUGAUGCAUUUUACAUGUAUAAGUAAUGCCAAAUAAUAGUCGGGUAGUGCUAACAGCAGUGUAAGGAAAAAAAAGGAACUUGAUAGCAAGCUCUUAGCAUUUUUUUUCUCAAAAACUUACAUCCCAGUUUUUGCCAAGCAUAUUGACACAUUGAUGCAAAACUCUUGUAUCUCCUACUUUAUUUGUGUGGUUUUGACAACAGGUUUGUACUGAGGCAACACUUUGUAAGAUCUAAUGACAGAUAUUUUGUUGAAAUCUGUGAUACUUAAUGUAUACCAUUGUUUUUCAUUAUAUUUGAGAUGUGUACAGAAACAGUCUAUACAUAUAGACAUAUUGAGUUAUUAGAUUGGGGUAUGUCGUUCGUCGGGCGGGCGGGCUGGGUCAAACUGGUGUUUCCGGUCAAUAACUUUUGUUUCGGUAAAGAUAUUUGAAUAAAACUUGGUAUGUAUGUAGCUUAUAUCAAGACAAAGACUGGGAUUGAUUUUGGGGUUUCUGGGGUCAAGGUCACUGUUACUUAAAAUAGAAAAAGGGUUUCUGGUCAAUAACUUAACUUAGGAAUGAGCUAUCAUGAUGAAACUUGGUGUAUAGAAAACUUAUAUAAAGUUGUAGCUUGGGAUUGAUUUUGGGGUUUCUGGGAUCAAGGUCAAGGUCAUUGUUACUAAAAAUAGGGUUAGGUUAGGGUUUAGGGUUAGGGUUAGGGAUUAGGGUUAGGAUUGUGCUUUAAAGUGGUGCACUGUGAUUCAGUAUACUUUUUUAUUCUUAUGAAAAGUGUUGAAAACCUGGUUUCGUGGCAUUGCCGCGUUUCUUGUUUUUUCUGUGUUACUAGUAUUAUUGGAAGUUUGUUCAAGAAUAGCAUACUUUAAUCAAUACAUGUAUAGUUUUGUAUUGACCUGGAGUAAGUCAUGCUUUGAUUUGCCACCGGUCACUUUUUCAGUGAUAGUAAAGCAACCAUUUAAUCCUGUGAGGUGUGCAAGAUCAGCUGAAGUAUGCUGUAGAAAAAUGACCCAGAUAUACCCAGCCUUUAUAAAAUGCUGAACAAUAAUGUUCUACAUACAGUAAUCUAUGGGGAUAUAUUGCUUGUGCCUAGCCUUUAUACAUUCCAAAGAUUAAGGUAUGUAGUACAUUGGGUUAUUUAAAAACUAAAUACAAAUAAUUACUUCUCUUAUGAUUUUUGAUACUGGUUAUUGUUAGGAUAACAUGUUUGGUGUUUAAUCAUUUUCAUUUUGUAUUUUUUGUCAUAUUCCGUCCAUAUUAUUUGUUUUCAUAAUAAAACAAAAAUAAAUGUU